UGGAUAUUGUACAUUAAAAAAAUGGCGCAAAACGUCUCGUUUUAUUUGUUCAGUUCUGUUACCCUAACUGUGGCACUCGUAAGAUAGUUGUUGCUGAAGAGAGUUGAAAACACCAGGAAUUUCACUGCUUAAGAGUUGAAUAUAUGGAGACUGAAGCUGACUCAAGAGAUACUUCACUCAUUCUGCUCAAACAAGGAGCUGAGGCUAGGAUUUUUGAGUCUUCUUUUGUGGGAAGGAAAUCCGUUGUCAAGGAACGCUUCUCAAAGAAGUACAGGCAUCCAGCUUUGGAUUCAAAAUUGACCCUCAAGCGCUUAAAUGCGGAGGCUAGGUGCAUGACCAAAGCAAGGCGACUUGGUGUUUGUACUCCUGUGCUGUAUGCUGUGGAUCACGUGUUGCACACUUUAACAUUUGAAUAUGUUACUGGCUCUUCAGUCAAAGAUGUGUUCCUUGAAAUCGGGUCACGUGGGACUGAUAAAGAGUGGCUGGACAAUAUAGCAUCCCAAAUUGGUGAAGCAAUUGGGAAGUUACAUGAUGGUGGUCUUAUUCAUGGUGAUUUAACAACAUCAAACAUGUUGUUGAAGAGUGAUACCAAGCAGUUGGUUCUUAUUGAUUUUGGUUUGAGCUUCACUUCAACUCUUCCAGAAGAUAAAGCUGUUGAUUUGUAUGUUCUGGAAAGAUCUUUUAUCUCAAUGCAUUCAUCAUGUGGGAAUGUGAUGGAUCAAAUUCUUGCUGCAUACAGGAAGUCGUCAAAACAGUGGUCAUCCACAUUAAACAAGCUAGCACAAGUGCGACAAAGAGGGCGGAAGAGGACCAUGGUUGGAUGAAUCUGUCUCAAAUUUCGUUUCUUUAUUGAGAUAUAAAAAACGACAACUAAGGAUGUUAUUAAUGUAGUUUAUCUUCACAUUCUCUCUCUAUUUGUAUUUUUGUAGUGUGCUUAUCUUCUACAGUUUAUAAAAAAUGUGAUGCCGUAUAAACUUGUGGUUGCCAUUUAAUCUACAUAAAAUAGUUUUUUUUUUUUGUUGCA